GGCGGAAACGGCCGGAAGAAGCCGAGCCAGCUCCGGAAGGGGCCGAGCUGAGCCGAGCGGCAGGCCUUGUUCUCCGGCCGGCUGGGUGUCCGGAAGGCGGCGAGUCCGAGGCGGCUGGCGUGUUCCCGCAGCCCUAGUGCAGGCUCACGUCGCAGUGCGCGAGGGCGAAGGCGCGGGCGGCCCCGGUGCGUGGGAGCGCACGUUCCGGAAGGAGCCGAGGCACCGGGCGGGAGGGCAGCGGCGCCACUGGCCGGGAUGAUCCGCUACGGCUGAGGCGGCGGAGACGGCGAGCGCAGCCCCGGGCCCGGAGCCCUUUGUGCGGCGGCGGCCAUGGCGGCCAACAUGUACCGGGUGGGGGAUUACGUCUAUUUCGAGAACUCCUCCAGCAACCCGUACCUGGUGCGGAGGAUCGAGGAGCUCAACAAGACUGCAAAUGGAAACGUGGAAGCAAAAGUGGUCUGUCUUUUCCGGCGAAGGGACAUUUCUAGCAGCCUCAACAGCCUGGCUGAUAGCAAUGCCAGGGAGUUCGAGGAGGAGUCAAAGCAGCCAGGGGUGUCGGAGCAGCAGAGGCAUCAGCUGAAGCACCGGGAGCUCUUCCUGUCCCGGCAGUUUGAGUCGUUACCGGCCACCCACAUACGAGGGAAAUGCAGCGUGACCCUUCUGAAUGAGACAGAUAUCUUGAGCCAGUACCUGGAAAAGGAGGACUGCUUUUUUUACUCGUUGGUGUUUGACCCAGUGCAGAAGACGUUGCUGGCUGACCAAGGGGAGAUUAGAGUUGGUUGCAAAUACCAAGCUGAGAUCCCCGAUCGCCUGGCAGAGGGAGAACUGGACAAUCGGAAUCAGCAGAAGAUGGAGAUGAAGGUCUGGGAUCCAGACAACCCCCUCACGGACCGGCAGAUUGACCAGUUCCUUGUGGUGGCCCGAGCUGUGGGGACCUUUGCGAGAGCCCUGGACUGCAGCAGCUCCAUCCGACAGCCCAGCCUGCACAUGAGUGCGGCUGCCGCCUCCCGAGAUAUCACCCUGUUUCAUGCCAUGGACACGCUGCAGAGAAAUGGCUAUGACCUAGCCAAAGCCAUGUCCACUUUGGUGCCCCAGGGGGGCCCGGUGCUGUGCCGAGACGAGAUGGAGGAGUGGUCUGCCUCCGAGGCCAUGUUGUUCGAGGAGGCUCUGGAGAAGUACGGAAAAGAUUUCAAUGACAUCCGCCAGGACUUUCUGCCCUGGAAGUCACUUGCAAGCAUAGUUCAGUUCUACUACAUGUGGAAGACCACAGACCGGUACAUUCAGCAGAAGAGAUUGAAGGCUGCUGAAGCAGACAGCAAACUGAAGCAGGUCUACAUUCCCACCUACACUAAGCCAAACCCUAACCAGAUCAUUUCUGUGGGUUCAAAACCUGGGAUGAACGGAGCUGGGUUCCAGAAGGGUCUGACUUGUGAGAGCUGCCACACCACGCAGUCUGCCCAGUGGUACGCCUGGGGCCCACCCAACAUGCAGUGCCGUCUCUGUGCUUCCUGUUGGAUCUACUGGAAGAAGUAUGGGGGGCUGAAGACCCCAACCCAGCUUGAGGGGGCUGCUCGGGGCUCCACGGAGCCACACUCAAGGGGUCACCUGUCCAGACCUGAAGCCCAAAGUCUCUCCCCUUACACAACCAGCGCCAACCGGGCCAAGCUGCUGGCCAAGAACAGGCAGACAUUCCUGCUUCAGACCACAAAGCUAACCCGGCUUGCCCGGCGGAUGUGCAGGGACCUGCUGCAGCCAAGGAGGGCUGCCCGGAGGCCCUACGCCCCCAUCAAUGCCAAUGCCAUCAAGGCAGAGUGCUCCAUCCGCCUUCCAAAGGCUGCCAAGACACCGCUGAAGAUUCACCCUCUGGUUCGGCUACCCCUGGCAACAAUCGUCAAGGAUCUGGUGGCUCAGGCACCUCUGAAACCAAAAACACCUCGGGGCACCAAGACCCCAAUCAACAGAAACCAGCUGACCCAGAACCGGGGCCUGGGGGGCAUCAUGGUAAAGAGAGCCUAUGAGACGAUGGCAGGGGCAGGGGUCCCUUUCUCUGCCAACGGAAGGCCUCUGGCCUCAGGGAUCCGCUCAGGCUCGCAGCCAGCAGCCAAACGUCAGAAACUAAACCCAGCAGAUGCCCCCAAUCCCGUGGUGUUUGUGGCCACAAAGGAUACCAGGGCCUUACGGAAGGCUCUAACCCACUUGGAGAUGCGGCGGGCUGCCCGGAGGCCCAACCUUCCUCUGAAGGUGAAACCAGCACUGAUGGCUGUGCGGCCCCCAGUCCCUCUGCCUGCACCCUCACAUGCAUCCAGCACCAAUGAGCCCAUUGUCUUGGAGGACUAAGCAGUGAGGGCCAGGGAGGCAGCCUGGCAGGGGGUGAGCUGGGGCUUCAGAGGGAUGGGAGGGGCAGUGCCCAUGGGGCUCAGACGCCCCUGGCCUGUCCUGCAGGGUUCCUAACUUGGUCCUUUCCACACUUGUCUUGGACAGUUUCAGGGGGAAGGUUUUUUAAUUUUGUAAAAAGUAUUGCCUCCCUUUGUGAAAGGGGACGGGAGGGGAAGAGUGACAGCUCUCAGGUAGUAGCACCUGGGGGUGGGGGGCGUGCACUGCCAUGUCUUUCUUGGUUUUUUUCCUAAUUGGGGGGUUUCUCUUCCUGUCCGGUGUCCGGACUUUGCUGAUUGGUAUUUGAGGCCCCUGAGCUGGCACCAGCCCCAGCCCGUGCUAGCUCUUUCCUCUCUCCCCUUCCCCCUCCGCCUUUUGUAUGCCAGUUCUCAGAAAUAAAGAUCUUUUGUCUGUUUUUUUUAACCUCGGAUUCUGUAAUUGGUUCUUAUAGUAACGAAUAAAAAGCUGUUUUCUUCA